AUGAUAAAUAUUUCGAAGCAGUCUUAAAAGGAUUCUAUGAUUACUCUUAUGUCGAUGAACAAUGUUUGCUUUAUUGGUUUGAUAAUUCUGAGGAGUGGAAAAAUGGAGCAAUGGAGGAUUUCCUAUUUAAUGAAGAAAUCGAUAAUCAUUACAGACAGACAAUUGAGUGAACCAAUGAUCAAUUGGAUGAAAUCCUAAGCUGGAUAGGAAGAGGAAUAUUAUGAAAAAGAAGCAGAAGGCAGAAGAGGGAGAUGA